CUGGCAACAUGUCAACAAGGUUGCGUUCGUCACAGUUUCGUCGUAUGGUAACCCAGUAAUUGUUUAACUCACGCGAGUGGUGGUUGUAUUUUGCGGGUCGGAAUUUUUAUUUUGUUUUUCUUCGAUUGAGCGAUCAAGGCUUAUAAGCGAUCAUUUUCAACAUAAAACAAUGGCUUUAAGCUGUGGAAUGUCCUGUGUGAAAUACCUGCUGUUUCUUUUCAAUCUCUUGUUUGCGGCGACUGGACUGUUUAUUCUCAUAGUGGGCAUCAGGGCGGAAAUCAAAGCCGCUCCAUAUGUGGACUUGACAGAUGAGAACUUCUACACAUCGGGCCCCAUUGUUCUUAUCAUCGUCGGAGUCAUCGUGUUCAUAGUCGCCUUCUUUGGAUGCUGUGGUGCUGUCAAGGAGAAUCACUGUAUGAUAGUCACUUUCUCAGUGUUCCUGCUGCUGAUCUUCGUCGCGGAGGUGGCUGUGGGCAUCACCGGCUACGUGAAGCACAAGGACCUGGCCGUGAACCUGGAGCGCCGGCUCAAUGAGACCAUAGCCGAGUACCCGAACAACCCUAACGUUAGGGAGACCUUCGACAUUAUCCAGACCGAUCUCCAAUGCUGCGGCGUUCGCGGCCCUGAAGACUGGCACAACGCUACUCUCCCGGGGUCCUGCUGCUCGGCGCUCGACUUCAAAGAGGACGGAGUCCUCUCCGACUGUACUGUGAACGCGCCCGCAGUCCACAAGGACGGCUGCCUUGCUGUCAUCAAGGAAAACUUGGAGACGAUCGCUUUACUGCUCGGAGCGACUGGACUUGGCAUCGCUAUUGUACAGUUGCUGGGAGUAAUAUUCGCUUGCUGUCUCGCUCGCUCCAUACGUAGCCAGUAUGAGACGGUGUAAACAGAACGAAGACGUCAACUAUCUCCAUUCAAUGUGAUUUACUAGUUUAUGAUCAAAUAGCAUUAAUUUAUUUUAUUAUUGUUAUACCAGAUUAUUUCCAAUACUUUUAUAUGUCCCAUAUGUGAAAAUAGGUUUACUUGCAACUUUUAUUCCUAUAUGUGUAUAUUGUAACUCCACAAAUCUCAUUCUGGUGGGACCGUGUAUAAACCACCAUUACUUUUACUAGUUUUAGAAAAAGGUGUUAUUAGAAGUUUAUUGUUUUAAAAGUGCCAGUACUAUCACAUUUUUUCCAAAAUUCACAAAAAUAAUGAGUGGUGUGCUCAGUGUUAGAAGACUGAUAUUUCUAAUAGAAGAUAACUACAGCCAAAAUAGAUUUCAUUAGCAUAGAAAUCCAAACAUGCAGAUUUCUGUGAACACCAUAUCCUUUGCCAUUUUUCGUAAUUUUUUAUAACUUAUUCCACUUGAUGUGAAUUAGAUGUAAUCAAAGUAGAAAUGGUGCACUGUUUAAACAUAAUAUUAUUAGUUUUCUUAGAAAAGAAAACUCGUAAGAAUAUGAUGCUAUUAUAAAAAAAUACUAUGUCAUAAUUUAUCUCUUUUUGUACUUUAUCGAUGUGAAAUUAAUAUUAGAUCAGUGUUUGUAGAUAUAUUGUAAUAAAAACCAGCAUUAUCUACAAAUACAA